AUGAAGAACAGUGAAGCUAGACCUGUUGGAACAGCACCAUUACCGGAAGCUAAUGAGGUUGAAAAGAAAGAACCCGACGAGUGCAAUUACGUCCAAAACAAUAAGAGAUCACACGGCAAUGGCCGUGGUGGUUACACGGGGCGUGGCCGUGACAUUACUCGAACAGCCGAGACAACUACUCGACCGGCCGGAAAUUUUGUUGUGGCUGAUUUUAUUGUUGGGUUAUAUGAUCAGAUGGAUGCUGCUGAAGUUAAAUCAGGGGAUUACCCACCAAGACUUUACCCUGAAGGGCAUUUCCCCCACGUUAGAGAAACAAUAGGACUUGAUGUGUGGGAAGAACUGGUGAACUCUCCCAUUGGAGUAGUUGCUAGGCUAGCUGAACGCGAAAGCAUGUGGUCUGGUAGGACCGUGCACUAUCUACUGUGUAGACAGCUGUGCCGCUUGCCGCUUGGGAUGGGAACAAAGUUAGAUGAACUGAAGGCAGCAUUAGCGUUCUGUCCGCUUUGGAGUUUUGAAAAGCGCAAGUGGUUGGGGCUGCUACUUCUUCAAGCCAUGGGAGUCUAUUGUUUGCAUCACAAUUCAAGGAUACCCUUUCAAAGUGCAAUAAGGGUAUUCGACGAUGAAGCCAUGAGGUCGUAUCCUUGGGGUCGGACUUCAUACGAAGUUCUAAUUGACUCUAUUAAAACGUUGGCUCUAGAUGGAGGUUCAUACACAAUAAGCGGCAUGAAGGACGCGUUAUUGAUUUGGGCUUAUGAAUCCGUCACAUGCUUCGGUGAGAGUUUUGGGAGAGUGAUCAAUAACGAAGACGUUCCGCUUUUGCGAUGGGGUGGAAAGCGUACACGUGCAAGCUUUGAUAAAUUGUUGUCUGCCGAAAUCGAAAAGCAUGACGAGGUGCGUGUGAGGAGAAUGGGGAAUGCAAAGGGGAAGGGGAAUGAGAAGAAGAGAAUGAAGGGUGGAGUUUCGUCAGAAGCUGAGCCACCCACUAAGAAGCAGAAGAAAGUUAAGACACAGAAUGAGUCUGAAGCUGAUGCAGCGGGAAAGGGUUCUAGCAAGAAGGAAGGUAGCAAAAAGUUGGAGUUGGAGAACAAAGCGACUCUAACGACCAUUGUGAGUACUCUGGAUAUUAUUUCCAGAAAAUUUGAUCAGGUUGACUCACGGUUGGAAGCUUACGAGUUAGAGCGGAACAGACCAUUGAUGGACCAAAAGACCAUUGAUGACAGGAAGUUUGUCAAUAGUCCAGCGUUAGUAGCUGCGGCUCCUGGUAAGGAGUUUGGACCGAAAAAGAAUUUGGCCAAGGAGCUUGAAAAGGAAUCAGGGGUGAAAAGGACUUUGGAUGAGGUGUUUGGUAGUGUCGAUAAAGCUACUGAUAUGCUGCCUCUUGAUUUCGCUGCUAAGGAUCCAGCCUAUGGACGCGGCUGCAGGCACAAGCGUAUUGUUAAGGGUGAGGAAGCCGAUGAGAAGAAAAAAGCAGUACAGGCAGAUGCUGCGUAUAAGAGGAAGAAAAAGGCUGAGGCUAAGAAAAAAGCUGCUGAGGAUAAGAAAAAAGAGGCUGAAGCUAAGAAAAAAGUGGUUGAGGCUAAGAAAAAAGAGGCUGGGUUAAAGAAGAAACAAGAGGCUGAGCUAAAGAAGCAAAAACAUGCUGGGUCAAAGUACAAAAAGGUGACUCCACCACGUGACGGUGUAACAAGAUGCAAGGUACAACCUGAUGUAGAGGAUAACUCAUUGGCUGAUAUAACUGACGAAGUUGUUGCAGAACAGAACGAAUUUGCGCCGGAGUCUGAUGUCGAGAAUUUUGAAGUGGUUAGAUCUGCCAUAAUUAAGGACUACCGGGAGAAAAAUGUUCGGUUAACUCCAAAAGGGUUGUCAAUGACGGCAGUUUCUUCAUCAUUAGUUUUUUCGAACGUAGGACAUGAUGGAACGACGUGCAUGAGGAAAAAUGUUACUCCUUCAUCAGCAAUAUAUGACCCUCUAGCACCUAUUGAUCCGGCGCUAUUGGAGAAACUUAUGCAACACAUCAAGGCAAUUCCACCCAAACCACCAGCAGCACCAUGUAAAAAAGAAGUACUAAUAGCUGAUCAUGAGAGUGACUUCUACAGCAUACUCAUCCAUGAGAGACCGUGGCCGGAGAAUGAGUACGGAUGGGUGUUUGAUAAUCAUGUCGUGGCGUAUAUGAACGUCCUCAUUAAAAGGUCCAUGCGAGAGCCCACUCCAUUCUGGUCGAAGCGGAUUGCCUUCGUUGACGUUUGGUGGCAAAGUUUUUUGAUUCACGAUUACGCUCAGUUCAAGAUGAAACCCACAAUGUUCAUGUUCAAAGGCAAUGGUUAUGAAGAUAUGAUAAAUGGUAGGAUUCCCGAUCAUUGUCGAACAAACUUGAAGUGGUAUGAAGAUGUGGAUCACUUGUACGGAUGUCUUCAAACCGGCGGAAAUCACUGGGUUGCGUAUCACGUGGAUCUGAAGAAGGAGAAGAUUGAUUGCUACGAUCCAAUCUUUGGAGAGGAAGAAGUUCUCAUUCAGAAGGAGGAGCAAAAGAUAGACUCCACAAAACACCCAGGUUUACGGAUGAAGAUGGCAGCAGAUAUCCUCGCUGAAGGAGGAAAUGUUGUGACAGACCAAAUGAUGGCUAAUUGA